AUGGCUUUGGCAAAAUCUAAAAAGCAGCAUCAACACAAAUUAUUUCAUCGUAAAUCUCUUCUUGAACAUCCAAAACCUAAACGCCGUUUGAGACAUCGUUUAUAUGCAUUAGAAGGAAGAAUCCAUAAACGAAUUAUCCACAUUCGAUACUUUAUUCAUAAUCUCAAUCAAUCAUAUCGUUCCUUAUGUUUAUUGAUAGCAUAUGUCUUUCGCAUUUUUAUUUUAAUCGAUCAAGUAUUAAGAGAAUUGUUUGCAUUUAUCGAAAAAAUUGUUCAAAUCAUCAGAGUCAUUUACGGAUGGAUACAAAUGGUAAGAGCAAUCUUGUCAGCCGUUCAUCUUAUUAUCAGUCGUAUUAUGUUGUUAUCAUCUUGUAUUCAUCGAAUAUGUUAUUUAUUAUCUAUUUUUCUUCAACCAUUCUCAAAUGGAAAAUUCGAAAAAUGUGUACGAUCUUUUUCAUAUUUUAUAUUUUAUUAUUAUUCAUCGAAUGGUGCUUGUUAUACAUUGCAAGCUCGAACUCGGCACAUUGUUAGUCGAGUACGAGAACGAUGGGGAAUAAAACGACAUGGCAAUAUAAAUGAUGAUGGUGACAUGUUUUAUGAUGCGUCCAAUGAAGAAUGUGCAUAUUUCUAG